CCUCUGGAGUAGCAGUACCAGUGGCCGCUGCUGCUGUCGUGUGCAUUCAUUCCGUUGAGUCGUCUCUUAAACGAAAAUGAUUUCUGCGAUUUCGUGGGUGCCGAAAGGGGUUUCGAAGUCGGAGCCUAUCGUCGCCGAUCCUCCUCCGGAAGAGGAAAUUCAAGAACUCAUCGCCAACCACAAAAACGCAAGUAGUGAUGACAGUGACAACGAUGACGCCAACGAUGAAGUAGUGGCGCAAGCAUUAACAGUGGCGAAUGCAGUUGGUAAAGCAUCCACCGGAAACACUGACGAUAUAACGAUUGCCUUAAAGGACCUUAACAUGGACAAUUACGAUGACGAAGAAGAAGGAGUUGAGUUAUUCAGUUCCGGAAUUGGUGAUCUUUAUUAUCCGAGUAACGACAUGGAUCCUUAUAUCAAAGAUAAAAACGAUGAUGAUUCCGAUGAUCUUGAAGACAUGGUUAUUAAUCCGACUGAUUCUAUCAUUGUUUUUGCAUGUAAUGAAGAUGAUGUGAGUCAUAUUGAGGUUUGUGUACUCGAGGAUGCACAUUCCAAUGAAAGGAACUUGUAUUCUCACCAUAACAUCCUUAUUCCUGCGUUUCCACUCUGCACAGCUUGGCUCGAUUGCCCUCUUAAAGGAGGAGAAAGAGGGAACUUCAUAGCUGUGGGUUCAAUGGAACCCUCCAUAGAAAUUUGGGACCUUGACGUUAUUGAUGCGGUGCAGCCAUGUGUGGUUUUGGGUGGACUCGAAGAGAAAAAGAAAAAGGGAAAAAAGAAAUCAAUGAAAUACAAAAAGGACAGUCACACUGACUCGGUACUGGGUCUUGCUUGGAACAAGGAGUACAGGAAUAUACUAGCAAGUGCCAGUGCUGACAUGAACGUAAAGAUUUGGGAUUUGGUUACUGGGAAGUGUGAAAACACACUGGAUCAUCACAAGAACAAGGUUCAAGCAGUUGCUUGGAAUCAUCAUGCACCGCAGGUUCUUCUUAGUGGUUCGUUUGAUCGUACUGUAGCCUUGAGGGAUGCAAGGAUGCCAAAACAUUCUGGCUAUUCGUGGUCAGUCUCAGCUGAAGUAGAGAGCUUGGCAUGGGAUCCGCACACCGAACACUAUUUUGUGGUGAGUCUUGACGAUGGUAUUGUCAAGGGUUUUGAUAUUCGGAAAGCCAAACCUGAUUCCUCGCCUGACGAGAGUCCAACUUUUACACUUCAUGCACAUGACAAACCUGUUUCCUCAGUAUCCUAUAAUCCAUCAGCACCUAAUCUUCUCGCUACUGGAUCCAUGGACAAAACGGUAAAACUUUGGGAUUUGUCGAACAACCAACCUUCCUUCGUAGCAUCUAAUUCUCCGAAAGCUGGGGCUAUCUUUAAAAUUUCUUUCUCAGAGGACGAUCCCUUCUUGUUGGCUAUCGGAGGCUCAAAGGGUAAAUUGCAACUAUGGGACACCUUAUCUGAUUCUGGCGUCGCUCGAAGAUAUGGCAGCUACAAGAAUAGAUCGCCAUCUGGGUCUUGAGAUGAUGUUGAGUUUGUCUUCCUGCACUGCUCAAUUUUGGUAUUCAAUGCAAAAAGUGUUUUCUUGUAUUUCUAGUUUUGUUGUGUCCUAGUAACAUAUAUGCACUCACCGAUAUGAAUGGGUACGACUUAAUUUUAUUA